AUGGCUGCUCGACUUCACUCAACUCGUGUCCUAGGAACCUUUGGCUAUCACGCUCCUGAUUUUGCCGUUGUUCUGCUGGAGCUCCUUACAGGUCGUAAACCAGUCGAUCAUACCUUACCUCGUAGACAACAAAGUCUAGUGACAUGGGUAAUGUUUAGUGCAGUCUUCUCUGCUUCUGAUUCUGGUUUGCUUUUGAUAAACCAGAUGCCAUAUGAUGAUGAUCAGCUAGCUGCAGUGGCUGCACUGUGCGUGCAAUAUGAGGAAAAUUUUAGACUAAACAUGAGCAUUGUGGUGAAGGCACGUCAACCUCUUCUUAACCCUUCUCGUUAUACUCCACAUAGCAACCCUCAUUGA